AAGCUUUCCAGCAUGAUCAAGUGGAAGAUACUCGUACUUGCCGUCUUCGAUCUCCAAUUUGCAUUUGCCAUGAAGGCUUUUCAUGGAUCCUGUCCCGACAACAUGACAGCAGUUGGCGAUCUGGACAUGGAGCGGUUUAAGGGAAAGUGGUACACCCACUCCAUAUAUCCGCCCCUCUCGCUCCGAAUCGCCAAAUGUCAGUCAACCGAGUUCGUGGAGGAAAGCGACCAGAGAUACAGUGUUAUAGCUCGGGAACUGAGCUCCCAAACCGGUACAGUGAAGGUCAGAAAAGCAGACAUUUUGAAAGUAAAAGUAGAAUCUGGAGGUUAUCUUUUGGACACCAAAAAUACAGUCUUUCCCGAGGGAGUUAUGAUUUAUAUACUGGAUACGGACUAUGAUAACUUCGCAAUUCGAUUUUUCUGCUUUGAUUCCAGUGAUAUUUUUAGCUUUCAUUGGGCUGUCAUUCAGACCCGUAAACGCUUACCACCUCCGGAUAUUUUAUUUAUGGCCCAACAUUUUGCCCACGAAGCUGGCCUUACUUUAAGUGACAUGAGUAAAGUGCCCCAGGAGGCGUGUCCUCAAGAUACGUAGACUCUUUUGAUAUUGUGCUAAUAAUUUAAUACUUAAAAUAUAAAACAUCAGCAUAACAAAUUCA